AUGCAUACGACUACCGUCCGCCCGGUCGCCGAAAAGGGUAAAUGGUAUAUCGGAAAUGGCAAGGAUCCGGAGAUCGUAGUGCUGGUCGGGUCAUGUUGCAAGUCGCUCGACUCCAGGAUCCGUCGCCAUCUUAUGGUCGACAUCGGAAAGUCCCGAAGAAAGCCAUCGAAGAACCUCCAAUUCGCCACCUUAGUAUGGCCCCUGGCAGAAACUUCAAAGACUCAACCGAGCACUCGUAGAGGUGAAUAUUCGAUUAGUCAAGAUGAAGAUCAUUUGAAAGCUGCUACGAAAGAACUGUUGGCACCAGAACCAUACACUGCACCGUACGCGAUGCCGCCUAUUUUAUAUACAUUAUCAGCCUUUGAGAAGGAGUGGGGAGAGGAUUGGUUCUCGGCAUAUGGAUUUACUUUGAUCAUGGUCGCGGGAAAGAAUGCAAUAGAAUCCGCUUGCUCGACAAACACCUUCUGGUUCCCCUUCGCCUUCAGAAAAUCCGCCUUCCUUCAUCACUACAGACAGAUUUUCACUUCACCUGAUGUUCUCAUCCCAUUAUACCGUAGAUCAGCCGGAGAGCUUCGGUACUUGGCGUUGGAGCGCUCUCUCGUAACUAUUCAGUGCGUCGAGUCCAGGCUUGCCAGCUCCAAUGCGAGCAGCGCGACGUCUGAUAGUGUUAUCAACGCGGUGCUGGCACUAGUUUGCUACAAUUUUACCAGCCUAGACUUUGACCAAGCGAUGAUCCAUGUCAAGGGCAUGUGGAUGGUGGUUGCGGCAAGAGGUGGCAUCUCUACCUUGGAGUCAAACCAGGACCUGAUGCUCAUGAUUUCAUGGGUGGACAUUACGGCAGCAUUGCUGCACGACACAAAACCACUGUUUCCGCUAUUCGCGAACAUGGCCAGCCCCAACGUAUUCCAUCGCCUGGGCUGGGAAAUGCUGCCCGCUCCGCUAAUCAGCGUCAUUAACGACGAGAACACGCAAGAUGCACCAUUCAUGAGCUUGAUGUCCUGUAUAGGUGACCUAAAUGCGCUCGCUACACUGCUCCGGGUCGAGCUGGCGUUCAAAGGCGAUGCCAUCUGGGAUGAUGAAGAGCAAAUGGGGUUUUUUAUAAACCCAAUCACUCACCGCUUACUGAAUCAAAGACCAAGAAGAUCAUCGGAGCCGACGACACGUUGUGACGUUAUUUCGGAGGCGCUUCGACUUGGGGCUAUUAUUUGGAUCAUACGGGUGAAGCGAAGGUGUCGCUCCUACCCCGGGACUGCUGAAGUACGUAUAUCAACGUUGCUCAAGAUACUAUCAAGCAAUUUCGACACGGAGCAUGUCUGGAACGACAGUCCCGAUCUACAAACCAUCCGACUUUGGCUCCUGGUUCUCUGCAGCAUCAGCGAACCCAGUGACCAAGACCACGCAACCUUGAUGAGAAUGAUAGUUAGCGAUAUGAAAGAGCAGAAAAUGGUCUCUUGGGAUGAAAUAAUGUCAAAUAUCCGCCGAAUGCCCUGGAUCGACAUAUAUGAGCCUGCGUGUGCCGAACUCGGGCAGCGGCUUGUGAAGGACUAG